CUUUUGGUUGUUGGCGUUGGGUUCAGAGACAAAAAUCGUCUGGUAAGAAAGUGGCCGGGGGAUUGGCUGCUAUUCAAUUGGGCCGCACAAAAAAUCAGCAGCUAUUGACACCUGUCUUCAUAUCAAGCUGCUACGUCACCAGGUCAGCACCUAACCCUCCCUCCUUCCUUCAAACACAUCAACCACCCAAUGGACCAUGGAGACCAAUGCUCUCGCUUCUCUCCGCCGGCCAACCUCCCAUCGCCAUCUUCAACUUCUUCUCCAAAACCCGAACGCUAACCAGGACCAUCUCUUCUCGUUCAAUCAUGUCUAUAAGCUUCAAGCCCCAUGCAUUUGCAGGCAAUCCUAUAAGAUCCCAGACCCCAAAACCGCAUGACCCACUUUCACCUUCAUCUGCUUUCGAAUCCCUCAAGGCCCAACUUCUCCAACGCCAUGAUUCCCCGAUAUCCCCUCAUUCCAAAGUUUUGCCCUUUCGGAAAGGUAGGCCCUUGGCUACUUCCUCUGGAUGUGAAGGAGAUGAUUCUGUGCCCAAUUGGCAUCUGGGUUGGAUCAGUUUAGAUGAUUGCAAGGGUAUCCUCGCGAAGGAAGGGGUCCAGUUGACUGAGGAAUCGUUGGUGUAUUUGGGUUCGAGGUCCGAGGAGGAUGCGGUUUAUUGGGCUAUUGAUGUUUCUGAGCAGAAUGCAUUGGUUUCUGAAUUGGGCGGGAGGCAGCUAUGGUUUGUCGAGCUCAGGACGUUGAUGGUGGCGACUGAUUGGGCCAAUUCGGUGGCUAUGGGUGAAUUGGCUAUUGCUGGUCAUGCUCGAGCGAUGCUGGAAUGGCAUAAUACAGCACGUUUUUGUGGGCAUUGUGGAGGAAAAGCAGUCUCCAUGGAAGCUGGGAGAAGGAAACAGUGCUCCAAUGAGUUAUGCAAGAAGAGGAUUUACCCACGUGUUGAUCCAGUUGUUAUUAUGCUGGUCAUUGACAGAGAGAAUGAUCGUGCACUUUUAAGCAGGCAAUCCAGAUUUGUACCCCGAAUGUGGAGCUGCUUAGCUGGAUUCAUAGAGCCGGGGGAAAGCUUAGAAGAGGCAGUAAGGAGAGAAACAUACGAAGAAACUGGUAUUGAAGUUGGAGAUGUUGCCUACCACAGUUCUCAACCUUGGCCUGUUGGUCCAUCCAGCAUGCCAUGCCAAUUGAUGGUGGGGUUCUUUGCAUAUGCAAAAUCACUUGAGAUAAAUGUGGACAAGGCAGAAUUAGAAGAUGCCCAAUGGCACAGUCGAGAGGAUGUGAAGAAAGCACUGACGGUUGCUGAGUAUGAGAAGGCACAGAAAACUGCAGCAGCUAAAGUAGACCAGAUUUGCAAGGGAGUUGAGAAAUUACAAAAUUUUUCUGCUGAUUUCAAUGUGGAUAGUGGGGAACUUGCUCCAAUGUUCAUACCUGGUCCCUUUGCAAUUGCCCAUCACCUUAUCUCUACCUGGGCUCAUGGAGAUCCGUUGACUGGUGCUGGGGCUCAAUUGAAGCAACUUAGUUCUUCUUCUAUCUCAAAUUUAUGACAAAUUUCGUACCUUCCCAUCCAGAAGGCAGCUUCAGAAUCUUUGAACCUAUUUCUGUGUGUUUUCCAUUCAUUUAAGGGAAAUGAUUCUUAUUCGAUAUCUCAAGCAUGGUUAGGGAUCCUAGAAGGGUCAGUUCAUCCAUCCUAGCACAUAAAUAAUAUUUCAAAGGGAAGGAAAGCAGCUCCCCUAUUUUGUGUUAGGAGACUGCUUUGCAGAAAGCAUGUCAUCUUAUGUACAAGGAAUGAUAGUGCAUCGUCUACUGCUCGACUUACAUUCUGUAGUACUGAGUAAUUUCGUGGUUUCAUAUUGUUUUAGUGGUUAAAACAUAUUUUUAGCCUUUUAUUUUAUUUUAAUAAAUUUGUAGGUUUUAG